AUGACCACCAAGUCCACCCGCUCAGAGUCCACCUCCACCUCCCCGCCUCCACUCUCCAAAUACCUCAGCUCCCUCCUUGAUCAUCUCGAAACCACCAACUCACGCCUAUCACUCUCCGUCGCCACACCACCACACGGGCUCUUCAAACCAGGCGAUACACUGCACCCUGUCGUCACGCUCCACAAACGGUCUGCGGAAUACACCUCGCUUCAACUGAGUUUGGUUGUUAGUACGCAUGCGUUGAUCUAUGGCAAGGAUCGAUGGGUCAGUUCCUCAGCGCCGGCUUUGGCCAUGGCCUGUUGAGCCCCACUUCGACUGACCGAUCACUUGGUAUCCAGCAAAAAGGUCAAAUGGCCUCAGCCAUGCUGGGCAACGCCACAACGGGUGCGCCCAUCACCACGAUCGAACAAGUACCGGUCUACACCGUCCAAGUACCGUGGACAAGUCCCAACAACGUCGGCGCAGCAGCACCGCCAGCUGCAGCAUCGGAGAAGGAACAGAAACGCUCUCUCGCGUCAAAGGCAGGCUCCGAUGGGCCAUUACAUGGUGGCGUGUACGAGAUCAUCCUCCCGCAUCCUCGAUCCGGGGAAUUGCUUCCGACGAUGAGGAGGAAAGACGAAGGGCUUUGUGAGUCCCACGAUCAGCGGCAGGGAGGUUCCCUGUCGCUUACCGAGGAAUCUCUCGGCUUGCGUCUGGCUCGCAGCUGUCCCCAACAGACUCGGCGUUUCUUGGGUCCUUCAUCUUCGUGGAAAGAGGCAUGGAUUCCUCAAACUGGAUGAUCAGUAAGUCCACUGAACCUCCUACCUUCGCGACGUGCGUUGUCCCCUGGAGCGUAGCGAGGAAAACUCAUUCCCUCCCUGAUCCCUAACCCCCAGCCUCCAGAUCGAGCUCCCGGUCGGCUUCCCCAUAGUUCCACCCAUACCCGAAGAUCUGCCCGAAUCCGAAUGGGUCACUACUACAGGUUCCAAGGACCUCCUUCACAAAGGGACCCAAGGCGGAGGAGCGAUUACAUUGCAUGCCAAAGUGAGCUCUCAUUUUCCGGGCCACUCCUCAAGGUGAUCUCUCUGAACCGGCUCCUGUUAUCCACAGCUCUCAAUCCAUCCGCCUUCCCGAAUCACUACCCGCAUUCCCUUUCACCUUACAUGUUCCCCCUCCGACCCUUCAACCCUCUCCCUCUUCUCCCCCUCGCCCCGCCUCAGUCUAACCCUGAACCAACGAGCCUUCACCCAGCCCGUACUGGACAAAAACCUAGGCCAAGCUAUGCAGUGGUCCGGAAUAGUCAUCUCCGCCUCGAAUGAGGUUCCUAAAUUCGUGGAACCUGAUAAGGGUCAAGGAAUGUGGGAAUGGAGAGGAGAAGUCGAUGUCCCGGAGGAUUGUGUGACGGUCGAAGCGAAGGGUUUGAAUGUCAAGGUGGGUCACAUCGAGCCGUGUUCAGCGAGGGUGAUGAGCUUUUGAGUACUGAAUGGUUGCGCCGUUUCCCACAGUAUUUCAUCACGGCACAGUUCACGUCGGAUCGGAUCAUGGACCAUUCGCUUUCCGUCACCGUACCCGUCUUCUUACCUUCUUUUCCAAGGUCCCUCACGUCAGAGGAAGUGCAUGGCCACAGCGAUAUAGCACAACCUGGUACAAGUGGAACAACGCCCUCGAGCGGACAAGAGAACUUGCCGAGAUAUACCACUUGACCAAUCCUCUCUCAUACUGCUGUCCUGUGCUGUAAAACCAAAGUUGCAAACCAUACGACCUCUCACGAGCCCGCUACUCCUCCCUCUUCCUCUUCUUCUUGUCCCCUUUAUCCGCAGUCCCUCCCCCUACAACCCUCCUAGCUUUCCCCUCUUCCGGCGCAACAAAAGCCCUCUCCCUCUCCUCCUUGCGUUCCUUACUCUUCUCCUCCUGCUUCAACCUUCUCUUCUCCUCCAACUUCUGCUGCUUCUCCCUUGCUUUCAAGAAGUAUUCACCCGAUUCGAGUUGAAGAUCGAUCUUGGAAGGUUGUUGAGGCGGUGGGAAGGGGGUGUAAGGUUUCUUGUCCUUCUUCUUCAUCCUUUCCGCAGCGGAAGCCUUCUUCUCCCUCCCAGCAUCGGUCGCCGUAGGUUCCCCACCACCAAGCGGGAUGAGGUUGGCGGCGGAAACGAUUUGCUGAUCUUCCUCGUAGCCUUCGGUCGAGCGUUUCUUCUUGUGUUCCCUCCGUUUGCGGAAUUGCGGUAA